AAACUUCCGUUGACUCCUAUGUGGUUCCGGGUGUAGAAGGAGUGCAGCCAGAGUGUCAGCCAGAGACGGUUAAGAACCCUAGGAAAGAUGAGUCAAAUCGAAGAACUAAAAGCGUUUGUCUCCGAGCGGCUACAUUCAGCUGCUUCUGAAAUAUUAGGUGCUAUUGAAAAAACAAUAACGAAUUACGAGGAGCAGGCUAUCCGUUUAAAGGAAGACAACGACCGUCACCGUUCUCUGUUGGAUAUUAUCAUCAAAGCCAAUUCACCACAGACAGAAGCUGUUUGCACCACCAAAAAACGUACCCCUGCUGCUGCUGGCCCAGCUGCAUUAGAUCCAAGUCCUGCCCGCAAGGCCAGAGAAACCCACUACAAUUCCAGUGACUUGCAGUAUGCCUUCACUUCACACACUGACUUUCUGAAGUUUGCCGGCAAUGAUGACUGUCCCUACUGCCUAAAGAGAAUUCAAGCCACUGAGACACAUUUGAUGAGAAGACAUUAUCUAUCUGCUGUCCAUUUUAAUGAAGAUGGUACUGAAAAGUUUGUUGUACCAUGUACGUGCAAAGACUUGAUCCAAGGCAGAAGUCACUGGCACUGCCCAUAUUGCACAAAAAUCAUUUAUCGGAAAGUUAGCUUUGAGGUGCACAUAUCUAAACAACAUGGUUAUGCAAUACUGCAGCAAAGCCACUCUGCAGAGAUUGAUCAGCCCUCUAUCUCUGCCUUUGAGGAGGAGGUUCCCCUGAGUCCUGGACCUUGGUGUCACCAGGAGUUCAGCAGUCUGGACCAGGAGGUCCAACAGGCCUCACUGCUGCUUCAAGUUAAAGAAGAAGAAGAAGAAAAAGAAGAACAGGAAAUGCGGAAACAAGUGAGUCAUCCUGAGGGGCAGAACGUAUGUGAGCAAGUGCAAAAAGGUAACAGUCAAACAAGUCUGGAGGUAGAUCAUGCCCAAGUCUCUGUAUUCAACAUUGUCUGUGUGGACAGUUAUAUUCAAGAUCUUGGCGAAAUCAACAGUGCGGGAAGGGGCAAGGGACAUCUUCCUCCUAAUUCUUCGAAUCAAUCUCUGGAAAUGCACGAUAGUGGUGUUGGUGAAAUUCAGCAGCCAGCUGGGGAAUCUGAGCACCCCACACCUUGCUCUAGUUUAAAGGCAUUCAAUUCAAAGAGGAAAAAGCAUGUGAAAAGGUCUUUACCCCCCUUGAGUUUGAAUAUACAGAAAUCAACACAACCAUCUGUCAGUCCUAAUCCCAAAGGUCCUCAUUGUUGUAAAGCAUGCGGAAAGACUUUCCAUUACAUGUACACGCUGAGGUCCCAUGCACAAACACAUGCAGUCGAUAAAAUCCAUGUUUGUGGUAUCUGUGGAAAACAUUUAGAGUCUACAGACCGUUUAGUCCAGCACCUUCAAAGCCACACAAAGAGAAACAAAUGUGCUACAUGUGGGAAAGCAUUUUCUAAUAUUUCCCUUCUAAAACGGCAUAGGAGAUUUCACAGGUCUAGAUGCCAUGUCAUUAACUUAAAAAACACAGAUGGGUGAAAACCUACAGAUGUCAUAAAUGCCGAGUGAUAGCCAUUGUUUUUAUUAUAGUUGUGGACAGUUGUAGCCUGCUGUGGUGGGACUGGGUGGUAGGCCGGAUUGAGAGGAUAAGAAGGAGAGACCAGAGGGUUGGGAAAGGGGAGGGCGGAUUUAUAUUUUGUUUAUUAGAUGGUGAUUUUAUGUAUACCAGAAUAUUUUGAAAGUUCAAUAAAAAUUUUUUUAAAAAAAAAGUAUUGUACUUAUGGGACAAAUCAUUCAGUUUUAGUGCUGGGAAGUAUGUUGAUGUUCAUUGUAUAUUGUGUUUAUAUACAAUUUUGUUCUCUAAAAUAAAAAUAAAAAAUUUAAGUCAAAUUUAA